UAUAAAAAAUAAAUAUAAAUGAAAAUGAAGACUUCUGCCAUGGAUUACCUAUUGAAAUUGGAACAAAUGGGUUCUGAUCCGCGUGCUGCCACUUGUCGUGGAAAACUACAGAGUAAACGUUGUAAAUUAAAUCAGGAAAUAAAUAAAGAACUACGAUUACGAGCUGGUGCUGAAAACCUCUUUAAGGCAACCACAAAUCGCAAAUUACGUGAUACCGUAGCUCUGGAAUUGAGUUUUGUUAAUUCAAAUUUACAAUUGUUAAAGGAGCAAUUAGCCGAAUUAAAUUCAUCUGUAGAAAUCUACCAAAAUGAUAGUCAUGACGGUGUAAUGCCUAUGAUACCACUUGGUUUAAAAGAAACGAAAGAAAUUAGUUUUAUGGAUCCAUUUUCGGAUUUUAUUUUGGAACACUAUAGUGAAGAGCCUUCUAUAUACAUGGAUGCUAUUGCUGAUAUAACAGAUACAAGACAGGCUUCCAAAACGCCUUCACGUGAUGCACAAGGUGUUGCCUUACUCUUCCGGUAUUACAAUCUAUUGUAUUACGUCGAAAGAAGAUUCUUUCCGCCUGAUCGAAAUUUGGGAGUAUACUUCGAGUGGUAUGAUUCACUAACAGGUGUUCCCUCCUGUCAACGCACCAUUGCAUUCGAAAAGGCAUGCACACUUUUCAAUUUGGGUGCAAUUUACACACAAAUCGGUGCAAGACAUGAUCGCACAACUGAAAAGGGACUCGAUGCAGCUGUGGAUAGUUUCCUACGUGCUGCUGGUAUUUUUCGGCAUAUUUACGAUACUUUCACAAAUGCACCAUCCAUGGACUUGAAGCCACAGGUACUCGACGUAUUGGUUUCAUUGAUGUUGUCACAAGCACGUGAAUGCCUAUUUGAAAAAUUGCAGCUACAAAUUGAAGCUUUGGGCUUAACGGAAUCGAGUCAUCUUUUCAAAGAUUUAGCUGGCGAAGCAGCACAACUAACAUUGGAAUACAAUGAAAUGCACAAAAAUAUACAAACAAAUGAUACACACACAUAUUUGCCGGAAUGCUGGGCUGGUCUAGUACCGCUUAAAGCUGAAUUCUACAAAGCAUUGUCUCAUCAUUACGAAGCUCGUAGUAUUGAUGCAGCUGCAGACAAAACAUCUUUGAGCACAAAAAAGAGUCAAGCUCCCUCAUCGAAUGAAUCUUUUAUUGGCAAUGCGCGGGAGGCAUUGCGCGCAGCGGCUGCCAUUGAUGAAAGUGAGGAGGAUUGUGCUAGUGCCGCAGCUAUGAAACGCACCCAUCUUAAAGAAUCUUUGGCUAGUCAUGAAGAAGCGCAACGCUUGCAGCGCAUGUGUCGGUAUUUGAAGAACAAAACCUCUCUAAUACAAGUCAUAAAGGAAGCAUUUUAUAAGACGCAAGAUGAAUAUGAAAAAUUUAUGGAAGAAAUACCUGAAAGAGAAAUUGAAGAGGAUUUCGAUGUUCUUGACGUGGCAGUUGAAGCUUGCUCAAAAUUCACACUUUCACUUACGGGUCCAGAUUUUACUUCACAUAAAGUAGAAGAUCCAUUCAAACGCCUUGGUCCAAUAGCCAUAUUUUCUGCACGUCGUUACUGGACAGCGCCACGUUGUGUACGCUUACAAAAAGGCUCUAGUUUAUAUCACGAAAGUACAAUAUAUCAGUGUCACUGUCCGACACCGCAUGACGAACAUAAAGAGGAUUGCGCACACUAUAAAGAUGAAAUUGAUAGCUUCGGUUUUCAUGUACGUGGCGAUGCACCAGUAAUAAUAGCACACGUGGAAAUAAACUCUUUAGCGGAUUUGGGUGGCAUUAAAGAAGGCGAUUUUAUUGUGGAAAUUGCUGGUAUUGAUGUCAAAUGGUAUACACAUCAACAAGUUGUACGUUUAAUACAGUCAUGCGGGUCGUCGCUAGAGUUAAAGAUUAUAACACCUAUGGAUCGUAAUUACUUGAAGCCACUUUCAUCGAAAGGUUCCAUAUCCACACUUUCAGCAGCUAGUUCAUCAGGAGUUUCGUCAGGCUCAUCCAGUCCCACAGGCACAACAACCAAACCGAAAAUGCGUUGCAAAGUAUCAAACAAGGGUGGACGUUUAGGUAGCUUGUCUUCAAGCUCUUGGAAUCCAUUCAGACGCACACCCAGUUUAGCAAAAAUAUUUUAGUUGGAAGGGUUCUACUUCUGCAAUUUGUCUGCAUCACAAUUUGUAAAAAAUUUAAUCGGUGGCCAUUUAAAAAUUUCUUUUCAA